UCCUUGUUUCUUCUUUGCCCUGUCCCUUCAAUCACCUUGCCAUUUCCUCCUCUUUUUGCCUCCUCCAUUUGCCGUCACCGUCAUGGAUGUAAAACAACCCGAACCGCCACCGCCUUCCUCCGUCAAAAUUAAAAGAACCACCAGCUCCGACAGUACCGGAUCCGGGUCAAUAAUCCUCAAUAAAUACCAACUCACCCGCCUUCUAGGCCGUGGUAGCUUUGCUAAAGUAUACCAUGCUCGUUGUUUAGACGACAACAAAGAAUUCGCCGUUAAAGUUAUCAAUAAAGCCGUCACUACCAUUGAUGCUUCAAUGGAACCUCGUAUAAUCCGAGAAGUAUCCGCUAUGACACGUCUUAAUCAUCACCCAAACAUCCUUAAACUCCACGAAGUCAUGGCUACUAAAACCAAAAUAUACUUCGUAAUGGAACUCGCACACGGUGGUGAGCUUUUUACGAAAUUGAACCGACGUGGUGGCCGGUUUUCUGAAUCAACUGCCCGAUUUUAUUUCCAUCAGCUUGUCUCUGCCUUACACUUCUGUCAUCAAAAUGGUGUCGCGCAUCGCGAUAUUAAACCUCAAAACAUGCUCCUGGACAAAGAUGGUCACCUUAAAAUCUCCGAUUUUGGUCUCUCUGCUUUGCCUGAGCAGUUACAGAACGGUCUUCUUCACACCGCCUGUGGUACACCGGCUUAUAGUGCACCUGAGGUAGUGUAUAGAAAAGGGUAUAACGGAGCUAAAGCGGAUGCUUGGUCAUGUGGGGUUAUACUCUAUUUUUUUCUUGCUGGAAGUUUACCGUUUGAUGAUUCCAAUUUGCCUAAUAUGUAUAAAGCUAUACAUCGUCGUGAAUUUCAGUUUCCUGAUUGGGUUUCAAAGCCAGCUCGGAGAAUAAUAAACCGGCUUCUUGAUCCUAACCCUGAUACGAGGUAUGGUAUUGAGGAACUGAUGAAUACUACAUGGUUUAAGAAAUCAUCAUCGAUGAAACAAGAAGAACAAAGUAGAAAGAAGCUUUUUGGUGAAGGGAUUUUAGAGAAGGAAAGUAAACACAUGGAGAGAAUGAAUGCUUUUGAUAUUAUUUCGAUGUCUUCUGGGUUGGAUUUAUCGGGGUUGUUUGAAGGGGGGUUGAAUAAGAAGGAGAUGAGAUUUACGACGAAUGUGGAAGUAAUGAAGGUCGAAGAGAAAGUGAUGAAGAUUGGAAAAGAUGAAGGGUAUAGAGUUGAAAGAAGGAAGAGAGGGGGAAUUGGGUUGGUUAAAGGUCGAGUUGUUUUGUUGAUGGAAAUUUUGGAAGUGGCAAAGGAGUUAUGGUUGGUGGAGUUUAAGGUUGUGAAUGGAGGAUCAGAAUUUGAGGAUUGUCAAUGGGAGAAACUGAAAGUUGGGCUGAAAGAUAUAGCUGUUUCAUGGUACAACGAUGGGUCUUGAAUGAUUGUUAAUAUCAGGCGAAACAUGGCGGCUGGCGGCUGGCAGCUGGCGGUAGAGUUCGAGUCCCCCUGGCGACGGUGGCGGCUGGAGGUUGGAGGCGGCCUUAUAUAGUGGUAGAAAUAGGCGUAACCCUCUGUUUUGGGGGGCUAAAAUAUGGUUCUUGUUAGUCUUUUUUUGAGGAGAUCUAUCUUUUUAGUUUAGUUGCACUUGCACAUAUGUUUUUAAUCAUUUCUUUUUAAUAUUUCAAUUCAAUUUACAAUUUCUCGGAAGCAACA